UAAACAAAGAGGAAUCCAAAGAGUAGUAUAGAAUGUUAUUUUGUAUGUAAAGGCUUUGCAGCUCAACUUCAUCACAGUUUCUGAGAAGAAAAUGUCUUAUAACCAAUAUCUGUCUUCAAUGAAUGGUCUUUUUGAACGCCUGCAACAACUUGGCAAUAUUUCGAAUUCGAGAGAAAUAGUCGAAUUCUUUAUAAGGGAAUUCAAAUUCUUGGGUAUUUUUCUCUACUUGCAGAGCUUCAUAGAUAUUCAACCAAACAUGCUAGAUAUCAGUCAGAAAGUCCACACUCUGGUUCAAGAUGCUUCAGUUCACUCUUCUGAAUUACACUUAGCCGAGUACUUUGAUUUUUGUACCUUUAACGUACAAUACAAGAUUUGGUUGAUUAAGAUGGAAAUUAGAGCCAAAUACUCCUUUCCUAAAAUAUCAUCCUUACCACUAAUUUCAGCCAACAAGGAUGGUAUUGCUAUUCCCAAAUUUGUAACGGAUUUCAUGGAUACUGUGGUGGAGAUUCUUCGUGAUCUAGUCAAUGAUCCUUGCUCAUCACUUUUUUAUGUUCCAGAAACUAAGAAACAUAUUGAUGAUGUUUUAAAGGAAAUGAAACUGCUGCGAACUUUUGUUUGCUUUGUUUCAGAGAGGUUCAUAGAGCAUGAGAGCCAACAUCUUGCUAAUUUCUUCAGUCAUGUUUUAGCUGUGACCGGCCAUGCAUCAAUGCUUGUCUGGUUGUAUUUUUCAAGCUAUGGCUAUGAAAAUCAAGAUGUGAGUGUUGUAGGUGAAAUCAAUGUUUUUCUUUUCUUGCAAAUCAAGUUUAAGCCCAUUCAGCCUAGCAUCCGCAAGAUCUACAUUGCACUCCUGGAAGCCUUAAAAUCGACAAUACAAUCAGGAGGAGGAUGGCGUGCCAACAUCCAAAAUCAUGAGAGUGCAGCCGACAGUGAAGCCAAUUUUUUGGAGACUAUCCAACAUGAUUUGGCGGAGCUUCCAAAUAAUAGUAACAUCAGUCAGAGUGAUGCUUUGAAGGAUCAAUUGGUAAUCCUAAAGGAGAGGCUCGACUGCUUGAGAGCCAAUAUCAUCCAUGUGCCAAUACAACAUCUUAAAGUUCUUCUUCGAGAUAUUGACACUUUCAUUAUUGAUGCUGGACUCGUGGUUUACUCAUUAUAUAAAGGUGAGGAGGAGGAGAAGGAAGUUGUGGCACUGGGAGAAGUGAGCCCUGCACUAUUUCUUGAUUUGUUGGGAAACAUUCAACAAAUAAUCAUCACGGUGAAACUCGUGCCCAUUCGGAAGUUGUUUCAUUCUAAUUACUUGCCAAGAAUUCACGGACUAGGCUAUGUUGAUUUCAUUUUAAAAAACCUGAAAGAGUUCCAAAGCCGCCAUUUAGAUUCACUAGCUUCUACCACGAAGCUACUUCAAAGAUUUCAGAAGGAACUCGAGAGCUGGCAACCUCUUCUAGAGUUUGUUGCAGAAGAGCAACACAAUGACAUCGACAAAAUUCAACGUUGUGCUACACAAUUGAUUGGCAAAGCAUAUGAGAUAGAAUAUUUAAUUGAUGCUUGUAUAUGCAAAAACGCUCCUGUAUGGUGCCUCGAACAUUGGUUCUUGGAUAUCGUGGAGGACACCAUUCUUGUCAAAGAUGAGGUUACAGAGAUUCAUGAAAAGAAAAUGGUUGAGGAUGCAAUGAACACUGUCAUAGCUCAUACGGCAUCAAAUUUGGAAAGGUCUCCAAGGAUGAAUGAAGAAAUUGUGGGUUUUCACGAUGUUAUAGAAAAUUUAAGAGACCAACUAGUAAAAGGCACCAAAGGGCGAGAUGUUAUCUCGAUUGUUGGUAUGCCGGGUCUAGGCAAGACGACUUUGGCCUACAGGCUUUACUCUGACAGGUCAGUUGUUUCUCACUUUGACAUUCGUGCACAAUGUUGUGUGUCUCAAGUAUAUUCACGUAAAGACUUGUUAUUGGCGAUUCUACUUGAUGUUAUCAGUGACGCUGAAUUUAGAGAAAAGAAAGCUAAUGAAUUAGCUGAUCUGCUUCGCAGAGCUUUAUUUUUUAAAAGAUAUCUUAUCCUUGUUGAUGAUGUGUGGGAAGCUAGUGUGUGGGAUGAUUUAAUCGGUUGUUUUCAAGAUGCCAAUAAUGGAAGUAGAAUCAUUAUAACAACACGAAAUCGUGAAAUUGCAGAGUACGCCAGAUUUCAAAGUAAUCCCUUUUCGCUUCGUAUGUUUAACAAUGAAGAAAGUUGGAAGUUACUUAGAAAAAAAGUAUUUGGGGAAGAAAGUUGCCCUCCUCUGCUAAUGAAUAUUGGACGACAAAUAGCAGAAAAGUGUGGUCAAUUGCCUCUUUCAGUUGCUUUGGUGGCUGGUGUCCUAGCAGAAGUAGAGAAGAAAGAAGAAUGUUGGGCACAAGUGGCUAAUAAUUUAGUUCCUCACAUUCACAAUGACUCAAGGGCCAUAAUAGAAAAUAGUUAUAAAAUUUUACCCUAUCAUUUAAGGUCUUGCUUUCUUUACUUUGGAGCAUUUUUAGAGGACAAUGUGAUUAACGUUUCGAAGUUAAUAGAGUUGUGGAUCUCAGAAGGAUUCAUAAAAAGUUGUGAAGGCAAGAGUUUGGAGGAUAUAGCGGAAAGUUAUUUGGGGAAUCUUAUUGGAAGAAAUCUAGUGAUGGGGACUAAGAGGAGUUCUGGGGGUAAGAUCAAAGCAUGUCGUAUUCAUGACCUAUUGCAUGAUUUCUGCAAGGUGAGAGCAAAGGAAGAGAAUCUUGUCCAAUGGAUGAAACGGGAACAAAAUGCCAAUCCUUCUUCCAAUGUUUCCUGUCUCGAGCAACUUGCUCAUCGCAUGUCCAUUUAUGGUAAAUGGUAUCGUAUUGAAGAAUGGAGCACGUGUUGGUCACAUGUUGGCUCUAUAAUUGUACAUAAUAAUUGCCUUGCAUUUGAUACUGUCUCUCAUAUUUUUUACAGCUUCAAGUUUCUAAAAGUGUUGGAUUUGCAGUUCACUACUAUUGAUUCUUACCCAACAGAUCUAGUUUACUUGAGAUAUUUUGCUGCACGAACUCAUAAUUCGUUGGACACAAACAUCAUUACCUAUUGUUGGAACCUAGAGACUUUGAUAUUACAAAAUUAUGGAGUAAUGUCACUGCCCCUUACAAUCUGGAAUAUGGUUAAUUUGAGACAUUUGCAUAUUUCCCGUUGCAGCUUCAAUAUAAUAGAUGAAAAAUAUUCACUCGACAGCUCGAAAAGCCUUUAUGAUUUGAGAUCUUUUACGGCUCCAUAUUUUUCUUGUGUCGAGGAUGCGGAAUUGAUUUUGAGAAAAACACCUAAUCUUCGGGAGCUCAGAUGCACAUUCCUAGAUGAGGAUGUUGACAAAUUUCAGUACUAUGUAUUGAAUUUUCCAGCAAAGAUUGAGACGCUGAAGAUUUGUUGCCCAUUCAUGUUUCACACUAUAACCAUCCCUAUUUGCAUCUCCGCACCAAAUCUCAGAAACUUGACACUAGAGAGGUAUUGCCUGCAUCCUCAGCACUUAUCAAACAUUGCGUUGCUUCAGAACCUUCAAGUACUGAAAAUGAAAAGCAUUAAAUUUGACAAGAAGGUGUGGAAAGUGAGCAGUGGCGACUUCCCUGAACUCAAAGUCUUGAAACUACAAGAAAUAGUUGGAUUUGAAGAAUGGGAUGUCGCCGAUGAUGAGGCCUUUCCUAAGCUUGAACGCUUGGUAUUGCGUGAAUGCGAAUAUCUUAAGGAGAUCCCUUCUGCUUUCGGAGAGAUCUCUUCUCUAAAAUACAUUGAGGUAAGAAAAUGCUAUGAAUCUGUUGACAAGUCAGCCAGGGAUAUUCGAGAAACACAAGUUGAAGGUUAUCAGAAUACUGGCUUCGAGAUCUUUAUCCACGAGAGACGAAAGUACCAACUCUGAUUCAGAUGAUGAUGAUGGAGUGGAGAUAUGUACUAGCCUGGCUAUACUGUCAUGUCAAAGGUAGCACUGCUAGUGAGUAGAUAUAUCGAAACCUUAGCUGGAUGUGUUUAUUUCAUUGACAAGAAAGAAACACGAGGAUUUUCCAGGCAAAACAGAGGCAAGCUGAGCAGAUUGUUAAAUUGAUCAUUCAAGAAGUUUUUCUGUAAAGGAAGUAUAAAAUCCAGGUUGACUAGAAGGCUUGAUUAAUUGAAUUAUUACCCCUAAAUGUGAGCUGCUCAUGACAUAUACUGCAACCUGAUUCUUGAAUAUAGUAGUUGCUGUAAUACAGGUAAUAGAUAGUUCUUGGACAGCCCGGUGCACAAGGCAUCCCGCGUUUACGACAGGGUCCGAGGAAGGGCCGCACCCCAAGGAGUUUCUUGUUUUCCUAAAGUUGGGGAUGCAUGUCCAACUUUAGAACAUCUUUUUUUUUUUCUUUCUUUCUCUGAGCUGUAAUUCUUCACUAGGUAAUAAAAGUUAACUAAUUACUAAAAGAAAAACCACCUUGAUUUAACCCAUAUUUUACACUUAAAUCAUUAAAAUAAAACGAAGUUACUAUUGUUUUUGGCAUAUUUGUUAAAUAUUACUCACUGUACAGCAGCUAUGUAUGCCUUCAGCUGGAAAUAUGAUAAGGUGCAUUUCAUUAUUUCAAUACUCAUUCCUAAGAAUAGAAGUUCUAUUGCAUGCGUGUCAUGAAAUGCCAUUCUUUUUGUUCCA